AUGAAUAACCAAGGAGUUACCUAUGCAGAACUCAAUCAGGUUAAGGGCUCAAAAAGACAUCAAAUGAAAGCUAAGGGCACUAAAAGUUCCAUUUCAAUAACUGAACAGGAAAUAAUCUAUGCAGAAUUAAAUCUUCAAAAUGCUUCUCAGGAUCUUCAAGGGAAUGGCAAGAAUUACCCAUGGAAAGGGAAGCUUGUUGCUGGGAUCUUGGGAAUCAUCUGCCUUGUCUUGAUGUCCACUGUGGUCACAAUAGCUGUUAUUCUCUUUCCUGAAGGACCAGUGCAGAAAAAAGCAUCCUUGGAAACAAAGACCCAGAAAGCAUUUCAUUGUCCAAAAGAUUGGAUUACAUAUUCCAACAAUUGCUAUUACAUUAGUACUGAAAGAAAAUCAUGGAAUGAGAGCUGGUCAUCCUGUGCUUCUAAGAGCUCUAAACUGUUCCACCUGGAUGAUGAAGAGGAAAUGUAUUUGUUGAAAUUCGUCAUUCAUUUCUCAUGGAUUAGAGUCUUCCAGAGAAUCAGUAACAAUUCACCUGUGCAGCCAAAAGGCUCAACUUUCUUCACCAAAGUAUCAUUAGUAUCUUCAGGGAGUGACAAGAAUUGUCCAUAUUUCAACUUUGACUCAAACGUAUUUUCUCAUGACUCCUGCUUAGAAUUAAGACCAUAUGUUUGCAAGCACCAGCCACUAGUUACUUAA